AUGGCAACGGAAAAGAUCACGUUGCCGGCAGAUCUGGGCUUCAAGUCUCUACUUAUGUUCGACGACUUGGUUUCUCAGGGCAAGCUAUUCUACAGCGAAUCUAAAAGCGAGAUUGUCUCCCACAACGGCUUUGAGUUCGAGUUCCGCAUCAGUCCAGCCUUGAAAAGAAAGCCAUACUUGGAGCGAGAUGACCCUAAGCGCACGGCGGACAAGGGCCCGUUCCUCAACCCAGAUCCCGACUUCAUCGUUGCUCAAGUAGGAUCUCAUCAUGCACUGAAGCUCAAUCUGUGCUGUGUGUAUCGGCCGGCAUUUGUCCUAUAUACCCGACUCUUUGAACCUCAGACGCAAGACCUCAACAUGGUUGAUGUUGAGGCUGCUCGGGCUGUGACAGAUGCACUCAAGCCAACUCUGGGGCCCCAAUUGAUGAUCUACAAUUGCGGCGUCGACGCCGGAUCAUCUCAGGGCCAUAAGCAUAUGCAGAUUUUUCCUCAGCCGACUCACUUUUCGCUGUAUCCUCAGAAGGCGACGUCUGAAACCGAGAUCAAUUCAGAAAUUCCUGGGGUUCCCAACCUACAUUUCGUGUUGCGGUUACCCCAAGCAGCAACCCCUGAACAGGCCUACCAUAGUCUCCAAAGACUAGUCUCUGCAACAAGGAAAGUUCAGACAUCUGAUAGGGAAGUUUGCGACUACAAUGUCGUCAUGGCUGAACAUUGGAUAUGCGUGGUGCCGCGUCGACUUGUAGGGAGAAACAGCGUAGGGGCGAAUGGAGCUGGCAUGAUAGGUCUGGUAUGGCUUCGAGACCAGGCAGAGAGAGACGGCUGGGACUCUUUUGGUCUUACGGAACAUCUUGUUCGACUUGGGUUACCAAAGACAUGA